UUAUAUAUAUGGGGCAUAUUUGAAAAUCGAAAAGCUUGGAGUAACGGAAAAGUUGCAACUAUUAAAGGCAGCAGAUAUAUUAAUGAUGGAUGCAUUUGUAGAUUAUUUAGAGGCAGAUUUAAUUAGGACUGAGAGAUCUUGGAUAAAUGAGAAAAGUAGUGAAGUAUUAUAUGUAGCAUUACAAAUAUCACGAUGUAAAGAAUUAGUGUCAUUAUGUAAUGACGCAAUUUUACGUCAUCCAAAGGCCUUCAUAAGCUCUAAAGAAUUUUUAUUCAUGCCGCAUGACUACGUGGCCAGUUUGAUAGAACGAGACAUAUUGGGUUUGGACGAAAUAGACAUUUUUGCUGCGGUUAUCAUGUGGGGUAUCAAUAACACACCUGGCAUUUCACUCGCUGACGACUUUUCAACCUGGACAACCGAUAAUAUAACCACACUACAAUCUAAUGUAAUACAACUAAUUUCACAGAUAAGAUUUUUCCAAAUGUCACCGGAUGAUUUCAUGAAAAAAGUAGGCCCGUUAACGAGAGUAUUUGCACCAGAACUUUAUGAUCAAGUUGUGGAGUAUCACGCAAACGCACAAUUUCAAUAUAUUUAUGACGUUCAGCCUUUACGCCUUAAUUCGACGAUAAUUAAAGAGAAUGAAGAGCCAGCACUAAUUUCCUAUUGGAUAAAUCAUCCGGAUACAGACUGUGAUCUUCCAGAAAAUUUACCGUUUGGAACAUUCGACAAAAUUCCAUUUGACUUUCAUUUAAUUUUUCGAUGUCCUGGUAAUGAAUUAGCUCAAACUACAUGGAGAGACCUGUGUUAUGAUCAAGGACCAACAAUGACAAUAAUUAGAACUAAAAAUCAAAACGAAGAUGAAGCGGUAUUUGGAGGAUACAAAUCGAUCAGUUGGUCCACAGAAAACCGGAAUACACAUAUAGGUGGAAAUGGAUUCAUAUUUGGAUACUUAUGGCAACAACGAAAAUUAUUACUUCCAUGGAUGCUCCGGGUAAACAAUCAUCUUGAUGUUGAUAUGUUUUUAGGUGAUGGUGUGGAAGUGUUUAUUGAUUUUCGCCAUGGGGAAAAGUUAUUGGCCCAUGCUAACGGUUUCGAAGAUUUAGAAGAAACCAUAGAAGAAUUAGAGGUCUUUCGCGUUGUAAGAAAAGUAUCGGAUGAAGGAUGA